GACAAUAUUUUGAAUAUAUUGGCUAAAUAAAACAUAUUAUUAAAAUUAACUUCCUGUUUCUUUUUACUUUCUAAAAUGCAGCUACUAGAAAAUGUUAAACUAUGGAUCUGUUUUACAUUAUAUUUCUGUUAAACAGUGUGGAUUUUGAGUAAUACUGAGACUGUGCAUGGAUUGGUAUCACCUUGUUGUUAGAGAACUCCAGUUCAUAUCUUACUCCUCCAGACACUGGGCCCUUCCUGACUACAGAGUCCUAUACAGGAUACCCCAAGCUUUGAAGGGAUUCCUGAAGCCUGGCUACUACUCAGGAUAUUUCUUACCACCCUCACCCUCAUUCAUCUUUUCAGUCAAAAUGUACCUCAGAACCAGGUUCCUGCUCUGACAACUCAAGACAAUUGAUUCUUGAUGACCUUGGUGCUUGGUUCUCAGCGCAUAUGUCUACUGGGAGCCUGAAUUCCUGUGUGUAUCCUGAACAAGAGAGCCAAGCCUCCCCAAGUUCAUGGGGCUGAGCAACAUCUGGAAAGAAUCCAACGCAGCCAUCAGAAACAUCAUGCUAUUUUGGCUUCUAUUAAGUCAAAGGAGAGAGAGCGCUUGAAAGUUGAGUGGGACCAGCACAAUGAUCGCAAGUUUGUGGACAGUCUUGUGAAAGCAAGAAUCAAGGAUGCCAUGCAAGGUUUUAUCAUCAACACUGAAGAAAGACGAAAUAAGCUACGUGAACUUUUAGCAUCAGAAGAAAGUGGGUAUUUUACUGAAAUGCAGUUGAAAGAAGAAACAAUUGAGGAGAAAAAAGAUAGAAUGAGAAAUAAAACCAGAUUAUUGAAAGAGAAGAAAGAAAAAGAGAGACAAGAUCUCGUGGCUGAAAAACUAGACCAGCAAUUCAGAGAACGCUGUGAGGAGCUCCGUGCUGAAUUGUUUUGUAUCCAUCAGAAGAAGGUGUGGGAGGAGCGAAAAGCACAGAUAGCUUUCAAUGAGGAGCUGAAAAGGCAGAAACUGGUGGAAGAGCAGAUGUUCUCAAAGCUCUGGGAGGAAGACCGAUUAGCCAAGGAAAAGCGAGAAGCUGAAGAGGCGAGGAGGCAGAAAGAGCUGGUGGAGAACACACGCCUGGGGCUGAAUGCCCAGAUCACCGGCAUCAAAGUGCAAAGGCAGGCUGAGCAGCAGCUGAAGGAAGAGGAGGCACGCUUGGUGGAAAAUAACAAAGCACAGGUGAAACUUGAGAACGAACAGGAUAAGCUAAAGAAACGGAAGACAAAACAGGAAAUUAGAGCUGCUUUGCAAAAAGCCCUCCAAGAGAAGAUAGAACAUAUUCAGCAGAAAUACAGAGAAGAGCAGGACUUGAACAUGAAGCUCGUGCAAAGGGCUCUUCAAGACUUAGAGGAAGAGGCUGAUAAAAAGAAGCAAAAAAGAGAAGAGAUGGCAAGAGAACAGGAGAUAUACCGUCAGUAUGUGGCUCAGCGGCGUGAGGAGGAGAGAGCUCAGGAGAAAGAACUGGACAGAGUAUUAGAGGCAGAGAAGGAAAAGAAGUUGGCUGAGGAGGACAAGGAGCUGAGACUUGAAAAGGAGGCAAGGAGACAACUUGUGAAUGAGGUCAUGUGUACAAGAAGACUUCAAAUUCAGGAAAAACUGCAGCGAAAGGCAAAAGAACAGGAAGAGCGUGCUAUGGAACAGGAACGCAUAAAUGAAGGUCUUAAAGAGCUUAACCGUGAAGAGAAGGAGAAUUUUGCAAGGCGCUCCAGUUUGGCCCAGGAAUACAGGAAGCAACUUCAGAUGCAAAUAUCCUACCAGCAGCAGGCCCGGGAAGCGCAGAAAGAAGAGGAACACCGAGAGUUUGAGGCAGGGGUAGCAGCAAACAAGAUUUGCCAGGACAAGAUCAGGGAGAUCCUGUCCUUCCAUCAAGUGCUGCCCCGAAACAUUCAUCCCAUGCGGAGGGCAUACCCUGAUAAGCUUCCACCAUAGUUUCAUUAAUGUUAAUGUAUUUUUUUCUCAGUCUUUUAAUGUUUUUAACUACAGUAUGCUGGUCUGUUCCUUUCAACUCAUGGAUAAACUUCCUUUAUUUCUCUGAGUUUGCAUAAUUCUACAUAAUGUUAUUCCUUCAAAUUAAACUUUUUAGACUUUUA